CGCCCCGGCGACGCGCGCCCCCAGAGCGGCCCCCGAGCGCCCCGGAGCGGUGGUCCCUGCCGGCUGCGCCAGAGCCCGCGCGAUGGAGCCGGGGCCGCGGCGGCGCAGGAGCCGCCCCCUGGUCGCCGCUUUCCUGCGAGACCCGGGCUCGGGCCGCGUGUACAGGCGCGGGAAGCUGAUCGGCACGGGCGCCUUCAGCCGCUGCUACAAGCUGACCGACAUGUCCACCGGUGCCAUGUUCGCCCUCAAGGUGGUGCCGCGUGGCGGGGCCGGGGCCGGGCGGCUUCGCCCACGGGGAAAGGUGGAGCGCGAGAUUGCCCUGCACAGCCGCCUGCGCCACCGCAACAUUGUGGCUUUCCACGGACACUUCGCUGACCGCGACCACGUGUACAUGGUGCUGGAGUACUGCAGCCGCCAGUCUUUGGCCCACGUGCUGAGGGCACGGCAGACGCUGACGGAGCCGGAGGUGCGCUACUACCUACGGGGGCUGAUCAGCGGCCUGCGCUACCUGCACCAGCGAUGCAUCGUGCACCGAGACCUGAAGCUCAGUAACUUCUUCCUGAACAAGAACAUGGAGGUGAAGAUCGGAGACCUGGGGCUGGCUGCCAAGGUGGGGCCAGGGGGCCGCUGCCACGGAGUGCUCUGUGGGACCCCUAACUUCCUGGCCCCAGAGGUAGUCUCCAGAAAUGGUCACUCCCGCCAGUCGGACAUCUGGGCUCUGGGCUGCAUCAUGUACACGGUUCUGACUGGCGCCCCGCCCUUCAUGGCCUCACCCCUGUCUGAGAUGUACCAAAACAUCCGCGAGGGCCACUACCCUGAACCCGCUCACCUGUCCCCCAAUGCACGCCGCCUCAUCGCCCGCCUCCUGGCACCCAACCCGGCUGAGCGGCCCAGCCUGGACCACCUGCUGCAGGACGACUUCUUCACACAGGGUUUCACUCCAGACCGGCUGCCAGCCUACUCCUGCCACAGUCCCCCCAUCUUCACUGCAGCCCCGCCUCUGGGCAGGAUCUUCCGGAAGGUGGGCCAGCUGCUGCUCACCCAGUGCCGGCCACCCUGUUGAACGAGACAUCUACAUUGGCGGUCUCGGGGACUCCCGCAGGUCAGUAGCCCCCCGGCAGACAUGCCGGACCCCGACAUCUGGCGCCCAAACAGGGACCUGAGUACGAGAGGUACAAUGACGCACCCCAAAUCAGAGGAGACAAGGUAAAACCGUGGUUCUUGUAGUUCUGGACUCAAAAUUCAUCUGGAGUAAAGAUGGAGCAGUGUGAGUCCAGAAAUCAGUCUGGGUUUGUAAUGUUGAUGCAUCAAAUGUUAAGAAAUAGAGGUGCUGAUGUAAAAAUGAAACGUGUUUCUAAGUUUUUAGAGAUUGUCUACGUAUCGUGUCCGUGGGUCCCUGAGGAGGGAUCGUUAGAUGAAUCUACGUGGAGUAAAAUAGGAACUAAGAUUGAGGAAGAUGCCGCCACUCAUCAAUCUUCCCCGCAGGCAGAUCUGUUACUUUCUGUUUGGCCGCCGCUGUGCCACGCUGUCUGCCUGCCUGCUGCUUCUCUUGCUUCUAAUCCCUCUUCCUCCUCUUACAAAUGUUGCCCUGAUGAUGGAGGGCGCGGCUGUAAUUUACCACCUUGUAAUCCUCGAAACGAGCCCGAUUCUGCUCUCGGAGUCAGACCUGGAGCCGGAAAUGGGGGAGCUCGGGACAAAGGGAUCGGAACCGGAGUAAAAAACAGCUUCAGAGAACACACAGUGUUGGUUUGGGGCAGAGAUCACGUUUGUGUCUUUCCUAGGUCUGCCCCCUCACCUAUCUAGGUGCCCGAGUGACACGUCAAGCAUGCCCCAAAGACGACACUCCUCUCCGAGACCAGUGACCAUCCCUCUUCCUCGACUGACAUCUCCCCGUCGGCCGAGCCCUCAGAUGACUUCACCGAACUCCCUUCUCCCGAGAAUCCGACGUCUACGCCUACGGAGGACGACAUCCCGCCGUGCCCAUCACCCAUGGCACCAGCCGACACCUCCGCAAGAAGUUCCAGUCCCAACCUGGACCCAGAUGCGACGCCUAAUGGCUGACGUGUCACACAUUGUCCGUCAGCAGGGACAUUCCCUUUACCCAAUCUCUGUUCCUUCGGCGUCAAAAACGUUUCCUUGGUAUGCUCAUUGCUGGAAUUAUUGCCAUUGUGUCUGUGGUAGCUUCUGCAGCCACAGCUGCUGUUAGUCUUUCAAAAUCCGUUAAUACUGCUGUAUAUGUGAAUCACCUGGCAAAAAAUGUCUCUAUUGCUAUGGGAACUCAUAUGUCUAUUGAUGAUGGAUUAGAAGCUAAACUGAACACCUUGGAACAAACUGUUGCUAUUCUUGGUGAUAAACUUAAUAAUAUUCAAAAACACCUGGCCCUUCAUUGCCAUGCUGAUUAUAAAUAUAUUUGUGUUACUAAUACUCCUUAUAAUGACAUUAAAUGGCGGUGGCCUCUUCUUAAGGCCCAUUUACAAGGAAUUUGGACUCAUGACAAUUUAUCUCUAGAUGUUUUCAAGCUUCAGCAGGAAAUUCAUGCCAUUGAUUUUUCUCGUCGAAACCUGCCUGAGGAUGACACAAUCGUCCGUGAUAUUGUGGACACCUUGUGUUCCUGGGUACGUGGCGUUCAUCUCCCGUCCUUUUCCUCUUUAAUUGGUAUUGGAGUGGUUUUACUCCUUCUUAUGGUCCUUCUCCCUUCAACAAUUGCGGCUCAAGCUUUUGGAGUCGCAUCUAAAAGAAAACGGGGAACUGAGGGAAUCUGUGGGGAUCGCUCCCGUGUGAGGCCCCUAGGAAAUGGGCCUCACCAUACGGUGAGCUUGAGCCUGGACACAGAUCCCCGGUUGGGGGAGUCAAGCUGAGGGAAAGCAGGAACUGAGAGAGGAACUAUAUGUUAUUCAAAAUAAUUAACAGACAUUACUGUAUGGAUACGAGGACUUGGGAGGCACUGUGUCCACUUUCGGCUCCUUAUGGGUUAUUGCUGGAUUGUGUUCAUUUUGGACCCUUGUUACCUUCAUUGCAAAAUAUUAAGUAUUUACACUUGGUAACUUACUUACCGUAACUUACAGGGCGUGACUGUAACUUGCUUACCUUGACCUAUUGGGCGUAACCUACUUACUGGGCGUAACCUACUUACUGGGCGUAACUUAGUGGGCGUAACUUGCUUACUGUAACUUAAGUACGUUGAUCUGGCAUAAACAACUUUGACUUCAGAAAAGUAUAUAAUGAAACAUAUUGCAAAAAUAAAAUUGCUGCUUGGACAUAGCCUAAGCCAGCCCUCCAGA